AACUUUUCGUGAAAUGACAGAAUCGUUCUCUUAUAAUUAUACUAAGCAAGUGAAUACAGUAAUUAAAAACAAAGGUCGAGCAUUCUAACUAGAUUGUUCACUGUGUCGAGCUAGCUGCUUGGCUAGCCUUGCCCGAGAAUAAACCAAAUAGCUGACUGGCUAGCUAGAUAGCAUUUAGCUGCGCUAUAUCAGUCCGAGUCCUAGAUUUAGUUUUGGUAUGAUAGCAAUCUGAAAAAAUGUAACCUGACCGACCGAUGCAUAGCAAAACGCAAACACGUUUCUGUACGGGUAGCUAGUAAACUUGGCUUUCCAGUUAAGGUUGUUUGUGUAAUGGCAGCUCAUGUUUUAGCCAGCAACCAAACUAUAGCACUAGCUACUGUAGGCAGUGAAUGCGUUCAGCUAAUCUAAUUUUGGUCGGUAGCAACCCACUGCUAACUUCUUUUGAAGCAAUGUGAAUAGUUAGCUAUCUCAGAUAGCCUUAGCUCUGACUCCUGGUGGAUAAUGUUAAUGCCGUUGCUGGUAGGCUACUUUAUCGUGGGAGGUGUGAUGGGAAAAUCCACUUUUAUGGAAACGCUGUGAAUUUACGAACAAUAAGCGCAUAACGCAACUAUGAUCUAUCAAUGGUGUAAUGUUAGCUAGCUAGCUGUGUUGACUGGCUUUCUAUGGGUAGCUGGAUUGUCGCUAACUAGAUUAGCAAGUGAGGUUGCUGGCAAACUUGAUUGGCAUUCCUCUAAUUAGCACACCCUAGUCUGGUAGUCUUUUAGUUCAAUUGUCAGUGUGUGGAACUGUUAUUAAUUGCUAGCUCGCUAACGUUAGGAAUGAAGUCUUGGAUAACCAUGAUUUUUGUGCUAAUUUCAGUCGUGACGUCAGUGCUUUUGUUCCAGUCAUUCGCACGAGCAUUCGAACGCUCAACCUAAUUGGUAAUCAGAAUAAAAAUACCGAGCUACGUAGUAAUGUUAUGGUCAAUUUCUAAAUUCUCAUUUUCGUAAGAGUCUUUGGAGCUGAAAUCUAACCCCUAAGUGUACUUUAGUGUUUUCAAUUGCAAUUUGGCUUCCUAAAACCACAGUUCUGAAGACCAGAAAUGAACGCAAUUUAAUUAACUCGUUUACUUCUAUGAUCCAUAAAGCAGGAUACGUGUUUUCGCUGGGGUCGUUUUAUGUCUUCAUGUAUCGGCAGGAGUUGGACGCUCAUUUAUUUGGUCGACACGUGAUUUGAUGUCUCUCUUUGCUGCUAGACUAUAGAUUUCCUGGACUAUGGUUCUUUUUGUUGAUAAUAAUAAUGAUGCUGAUUAUGGUACUAAUAAUAAUAGUCCUCAUCCACGCCAAAUUUGCCGAAAGGCUGUUACCAUGACAGGACAGUGUAACAAUUAAUACUCUACCCAUCCCCAAAAAUAGAAAAGAGAAUUCAGUCUCGCGGAAGACGUUUCUUUGACGUGCGUGAAUUUAUCCCAAGGUUAGUUCAGUCAAAAACGGGCAAGAGAACAGUCUUUUAUCUGUCAAGUGUAAUGCGAAGGCAGAAAAUUAACAGUUCUGACAACAUAAUGGAUGCCUCUGGAUGUGGUGUCGUCUUUAACGCUUUAAAAAACAGAAAUUAGGCAGGUGUUAAUUGGGCGAAAGGUAGUGUUGCGCAAUAGCUGACUUGUGGUAAAGGGAGGCAGGGGUCUCUUAAAAUGUUACAUUGGGGGAGGGGUGGUCAUCAGAAUCGAUUCUGCUGCUGGAUAAUUAUUAAACUCAGUGAUGCAAGACCAGCGCCUCUUUAAUAUGGUUAUAUGACGUAUACAGAUCGCCGGUAAUAAUUUUAAUCAAUUCUGGUAGUGAAACGUGUUAUUCAGUGACCUACAAUACUGUAGAUUCAGAAACAUUUGAUGUGAGAUUAGAUACAUUGCCGCAGGGAAGACGGAGAGAUGAGGGUUGGCAUUACUGUUCAGCAGAUGAUAAAUUAGUUUUCUCGGUUGGAACGAAAAAAACGCAGAGGGUUCAGAGGCAACAGACUUAUUUUUUGUGUGUUAGUUUGCCAAGUCUUACCUACUUCCUGUUUGGGCUGUGACGCAGUUUAGUCCAACCAUUGCGGGUGGUUCUCUGAAGUUGUUCAAUGUGUCUGGUGUAAAAGAAGUUGCGAAACGGGCCACGAGUUCAGGGUGCAAAUAUUUUUCACUAGAUGAGUGUUGGCAUCAGCUCAGUUUUUCUGUGGCCAAAGGACGUUUUGCAGUUAGUGUAAUGAAGUAUAAUGCUUUUUUUGUUGUUGCAAGUAGCUCUUGUAAAAAUGGGAAACUUUAAACUGGAAAUGCGAGACGCAAGUGAUGGCUUGGUUCCAGUAAUUCACGAUAAGCCUUGGUACAAGAUGUACUAUACUUUUAGUCGGAUGUUUUGCUAUUGUGUGUUUCAAUAAAGCCGGGGAACACUAGCCGUUAGAUAGGACAAGAUAGUGAUUUGGCUUAACCCACGCCGCCACUAUGCAGAACAGGGGACGCGGAUCAUAUUUUUGCUGGUUGUUCAGACAGAGCAGUUGAUAGAUAUGUAAGAUGGGGCAUUUCAUGUUUAUGAUAAAUAGGAUUGUUCAUAAAAAUCUUGGUCAACGCCAGGGUGUUUUCAUUUAAGAAGAUUUUUUGGGGAUAUAAGCCCCAACGCAUUCUUGAUUAAGAUUUUCGGUGAAACGACAAACGCACUACAGGUGUACCCGCUACCGGCAUUGCGUAACGUGAGCUUGGGCAAUUGGAUGUUUUUUCAUGAAUAGAACACAAGGUUAACCGAGUGGCACAGAGCAGCACGGAGGCUACGUUGUUGCUCAGCUAAGACGUAGGUGCUGUUCUCAGCUGCGUUUGGGGUGACUCAACAAGGUAUUUGGACAUGAACAGAAAUGAAGGAUUAUAUUGCCCCCAUACAGAAGGUCACGUGUGUACUGUUUGGUGGGCAGAAAAGGUAGACCCCGAAAUUCAGCUUUGGUUUUUUUUUUUCUUUGUCCCCAGUCACACUGUAUAGGCCAGUGGUGUCAAACUCGUUGCCAUGGAGGGCCGUGUGUAUGCAGGUUUUCAUUCCAGCCUCAGAUCUUGAUUAUAUAAUUAGUUAAAUUAUUUGCUGAAUUAGGGAUGCAGGUUUGUGCACAAUGGUGACCCGACGUCUAUGGUGACCCGCAUUGUCUAAAUAAAAAUUUUCUUAUAUUCUGUGCUUCAAUGCAGUUAAACGCAUAUGGCUGAAUGAGUAAUUGGACUCAAUUAAGGCAGCAUUAAUUGGUUGGAAUGAAAACCUGCAUACACACGGCCCUCCAUGGCAACGAGUUUGACACCACUGGUAUAGGCCAUAUUGGGAAGGCAAGCACAUAGGGAAUUGCAUUUUAUAUGUAUAUAUGUGUGUGUAUAUAUAUAUAUAUAUAUAUAUAUAUAUAUAUACAUAUAUAUAUAUUAGUUUGAGCUCAAGGAAGGACAAUCUGAGGCUAUUACCUUCAUCCAUUUCACAAUACAAAAUUCGAAUUUUAUUUUCCACAAAUAAAAACUUUGCUGCAUAUUGGUCACUAUUACAAGCAAAAGAAAAAACUAUUUUCCAAACCCAACAGCAGAAUUUAAAUCUCAUUAAUCCGGUAGAUUGUCGAGCCUCAACUCCAGAGAAUGUCGCACAUUACGUGAAUCUUUUUCCCAUGCAAGGGGCACUGCUGCCUUUACUGAAGCUGGGGUUUGCUCCCAAAAAAAAAACGAUGAAAAGGGAGAACAGAACCUGUUACCCUGCAUGGCUGUCAAAUAUGCCUCAUAUUUUACAUGUGUCAUAAAUCUCAUUGCGGUUCGUGCACUCGAGCCCACGCCCCCCCGGGCACUGUGAAUCAGCACAAGAGCUGCGCGUCUUUUCGUUAUCUCCCUCUCGCCCGAUGCGUUGUGAUUGGGUGCGAGCAGCCCCGACAGGCCGGAUUACAGAUAACGAGGGGCCUACAUGGCUGACCGGGGGGUGGGGGGUGGGGGGUGGGGGGGGGGGUCAGCGUCCUUCAGUCUCGUCUUCCUUUGAAACACGUCCCUGUUCUGUGAGAGGCGUGGAGCCGCUCUCGGUUAAAUGGCGGAUUAGUCUCAUCCGGGAUUCGUGUCCGUCUUGACUCGUUUUAACGGGAUGUGCUUGUGUGGGGGGUUCAUGCCAAAGGUUCAGUGCGGAGGCCUGUGGGGCAGAUAAAUGGCACCAUUGAUAUGAAUCAGAGGCAAAGGCUGAUUCCUUCCGGUUCCUUCUGUAAGAGUAUGAGUAAUGAGCUUCUAACUGCUGCAACCCAGACAUAUUCUGUUACAGGUUUUUUUUUCCCCCUUUUUUUUUAUUUAUUUUUUUUUAAAUAAGUGGCAUGCAUUGUUAAGGCCAGAUUUGUCUAACCUGCAUGACCACAUUUGGCUUAAACAAAAAAAGAAGAAAAAAAAACACAGACUUGCUUUUUCAUAUCUCGUAAAGUCUUUGUGGUUUCAUGGUUUUUUUUUUUUUUUUUUGAAACGUUUCGUUUGGAAUUUUCCAGAAGCGCCGUUAGUGCUAUUCAUUGUGGUCGGCUAUAGUGUUACUGGCUGACUGAGCCAAAAUGGUUCCUUGGCUCAACAUGUUCUGCAUUAUAAAUUAGGCCUUUCUGGUUCGCCCAGUUUUUGUUGGUUACUGUGCCAUUCUGCAGACACCAUUCAAAGGCUGGAGCUGUGCAAUAAAUUGAAUCAGUUCAGGUGGUACCACGAGCAAACAUGAGUCUGAAUGUUGGUAUGUACCUGAGCGUGUGAAGUCUUGCAACCCUCACGAAGAAGAAUCUGGAAAUGAACCAUGCAUGAUAUCUUGGCCAAAACAUGCAAAAAAUAAUUCAAAUAAACCCUGGUGUUGUGCUGAAUAUUCAUGGAAUAAGUUCACUGGCGUCAAAUCGGAAUAACUCUGCAGCCAAAUGCACGUUAAGACUUGGACUUGUGCAACACUGGCAAUUUGUGUAACUAGUUGUGGCUAAUAAUUUGCCAAACAGUUACCUAUAGGGUCUUCAUUUUCUUGACGGUUCCAUAAACCACAGAAUAUCUAUCAUAGCAUAUCAUCUCAGGAUGCGCUACAAGGAAAGUAUUCAGCAGUAUUCAGCAAUGUGGAUAAUACUUGUGUAAAUCUGCUGACAAACUGUUUUGGCUCCCUUCACAGUUUCUGUCCCAUCUCUGCAAGAAUUGCACACUUUUAAAUUGUGUAUAUUUAGCACAACAUAACAGGGGGGAGUGAAUAUCGGAACUGAGGCCAAAUUUACUGCAUUUGAUGAAACUAGUUUUAAACUUUAGUGACGUGCUAUUUUAAACUAAUAUUUCACGUAAGGUUGUUGUUUUUAUUUAUUUUUUAUUUUGGUUUGGAUUUGUUCCUGCUUUGAGUCCUUUUCCUUGAAGUGCUCAGUGAGGAACAAAAUAAUAAUACUAAUAAAACCUUUCCAGGAAUAUUGUUUGGCCAACUUCUGCAUAGGUGCAUUGAUGGUGGCCUUUCUGAGGGAUGCCCAAACCUGUUCAUGUCUAGAAGAUGUCUAGAAACGGGGUUGGGCAGCUUUGGGCUGUACGGUUGCCUAAACUUUAGAAUAGCGCUGAUGUAAAACGUAUGUGGCUCUUAACGGAGUGAACUUGCUGAGUCUUUCGUUUUUUUCCAUAGGGCAGGGCCGCCCAACCCCCGUUCCUGGAGACCUGCCAUCCUGUAGGUUUUUCACUUCAACCCUAAUUUGGCACGACUGACUACUAAUUAGCAGCUCGGCAAGUUCGCUAGCUGUUGAGUGAGUUGUGCUUUCUUAUUGUCGGAAUGAAAACCUACAGGACGGUGGAUCUUGUCGAGGAAAACCUCCUCUUACGUUCGGUGGGUGAGUCGGCGAUGUAAGAAGAAAGACUAGAAACUAUGAUUUCUUCUAAUAAUCUUUUAUUGUACGUAGGCCUACGGGAGGUCUCCAGUACCAUAAAGACACACAGAGAGCUCCCAGAAUUACAUUUUACAUCUUUUUUUAUACAAUCAACUUUCUUCCUACCAUGACGUAUCUUCCCUCUAAAACAACCAAUCCCAGCCUAGGUCACCAGCUAGUUUAACAAUAACUAUUAUAUAAUCUUCAGUUUCAAUAAAUGACAGAUAUUUCACCACACACUUACAACGGGAUGUGUGUGCGUGAUUCGAUUUGAAUAACAAGUAUUUGCUCUCAUGAACAAUUGUUUAAUCUUCCGGUUCCAAAGUACAUGCACUUUAAAUGCAUUCAAUACAUGCUGUGAUCCAAAUAAAAUAUUUAACUCGCAUUCAAACACACCAACGUGUUCUAACAGAAUAUGUCUAUAUUAUUACUGUUGCCGUCAUUAAUUUUUAUUUUCAUUCAUUUAUUUUAAUAGAAUAUAAUCUAUACAGUAACUAGAUAUAGCAAAACAGCUCUUUCUGGGUCGGUGUGUCCUUUCUUUUCUCUUGCAACUCAAAGGUCUUCUGGACACAAGACUGUUUCCCAACAUAAUUUACUUUAAAAAUUCCAAUAAGUAAAUGUUCACAAUUUUCCUCCUGCAGUUGGGGUCCAAAGAUUCUCUAGAUCGUAUGCAUCAGUGUACAAAGAGGCCACAGCCUUUCCUUAGUUACAAAUUCUUAGACAUAACACAGAACACCUGCUGUUCUUCAUCGAUCUUCACAUAAUCACAUACAUUUAACUAUAUUCUUGAUCAAUGCAAUCUUUAAUAAGCAGAAAUUUAAAAUGAUACAUAAACAUUAAAAGCAUAUAGGGGACGCAUACUUCCACGAUCUCCAGGAACAAGGAUGGGCAGCCCUAACGUAGGUCGACUUUAAUCGUAUUUUUGGGCGAUAUCGAUUAUGGAAGGGACUCUGUCCCAUGUUUGAGAUGUGCUAUUUUAUGCGGUGUGAGCAGGUCUUACUUGUUGGGCAGUGAGGGGGGCGGUCAUGGGUGCAGUGCGGAUGAAUUAGGUUUGUUUCUAUUUGCGGUUAGAGUCGGCGCAUGUGCUCGCCUUCUAAAAAUAGCCCGCCCAGCUGUUAGCCGUGUUGUGCGGUCACGGCGCGUAUGGAACAUGCACAGCAAGACAAACAAAAAAAGUGAUUGUGUUGCACGGGGAGGUGCGUUUGUUACCGUUCAUAUUUCAGCGGGUAGGCUACAGUUUGUGGUCUGAGAGAAAAAAAGAAAUUCUCUACCAUUUUAGAUUGUGUCACGGGUUUGUGUCUCGUCUCCUCCCCCUGGAUGUCUAUUUCAUAGCUCUUUUUAGCUCUUCUAACAUACAUUGAAGCUGAUCGUAUGCCGUAGUAUGUGUCAUACAGUGGUGGAUACUGUUUUAUGACCUUACACUUUAGGCUAUGCUUUUGGGGUAGACGUUCAUCAGUUUUAAACCCCGGUUUUGAAAUGCUAGCCUUACAACUUGGCGUAGAAACAAGGAUGUUUUGAUGCCAGUCGUGAAUUAUGAUAGUGUAAGCAUCCUCACAUCCACUCAGGAGACCCCAUUUUCCUAUCAGUCAUGUGGAUGUUUUGCAUGAAUGUUGUGCGGUUGGAACCACAAGUGGAAGAAGAUAGAAGGGCUUUUAGAUGACAUGCAGGGAAAGGAACGCAUCUGUGCACGUGAUCCGUAGAACCGGGCUGUUUGGAAUGACUAUAGUACACAUGGGGUUUGUGGUAUUACUGCUUGAUUGCAGCAGUCUAGUAUAAUGGGUAAGGAGCUGGUCUUGUAACAUUGAGCAGGGUACUUAACCUGCAUUGCUUCAGUAUAUGUCCAGCUGUGUAAAUGGAUGCAAUGUAAAUGCUAUGUAAACGUUGCGUAAGUCGCUCUGGAUAAGGGCGUCUGCUAAACGCCUGUAAUGUAAGCUUUAUACGCACGCACGCACACACACCCACACACACUUUACAACUAGCACUGCUAAUAUGGCGGCUAUGGAAAUAAGAUGGUGUUCCAUGCUGAGAUGUUGUAAACCCUGUGAAUUUAUGGUGUGCCUGUUCUUUUACUCUGUGUGAUAAAAGUAACACUUUGCAUCGCUGGCCAACCUCUUUAUCUUUAAAACAUCAUAAUCUGUGUACAUUUUCAGCUAGUUGCCUUGUCUAUCACCAGUUAUUAAUUUAAUUUACGAGUGUAAAGUACCCAGUAAGUAUCGCAGUCUCAGAUGUCUUUACUAGCCAACCACUUCAGUUGCUUGAAUCUAGCUAACAAGCAGCUAUAAUAAGACUCCUGAAUCGCUCUAAAAAAUGCAGCUUUCCACUUGCUCGUUCCUGAUAUAAAUAAAAACAUUACGAUAUAAGAAAUAAAAAAACAAGGGACCCUGCCAAGAAUUCUAAAUGCUCACCAAGGGCCACCUAAGAAAGGAGCAAUUAGCAUACAUUUCCCAGCAUGCACAUCUGUGUCCCCCAUUGUGGUACAGAUACAAAAACCUUGCAAGAGGAAUCACCCAGUGACUGAUAUUCAAGAUGACAUCACAAUCUUCAGCAUAGGGGUUUUAAAUGGGCUAAGAGGGUCCCACACCUGUCACUGCGUCACCUUUAUAAGUCUCAAGGUAGGAGCUAGUCUGUGGGGAUAAGUGUCCUUAGACCCUUACAGUGAAGUCCUUAAAAUGGGCGAAGGUCCACUAUAAUAGUGCAAGAGAGGCUGAAGCUGCCUGAAGUGUAUUUAGAAGUGCUUGGUUGUGUUUAUUUGUAGAAGUAAAGACGAGUAGGAGCACAGUGCACUGUUGAGCCGCCUAGCUCUGUGCUAAUUUGCAUGUUCCUGAACUCUGCAAAUGUAUGAUCGUAUUUAUGAUAUUAUUGCUUUUGGAACCUGCAGAAAGUGAACCGUGCCCUACUUUGCAUGAUGCUCUUUCAUCACUUCGUACUGUAUUUGUUAAAGUGGCAAAAUCGCUGAAUGUUCACAUGCUCGCUCUACAGUGGAUUUUACCGGCGGCCUGAAUAUCUGCAGACUUGUACUGCCGAGUGUGAAAAUAGGAGCUGUGCCUUUAAAUAAGUUUUUCUAGGAUGUGCGGAUCGCCCCGGUUUAUGCUGGGGGAGGGAAAUGGCUGAUCGUAAAGGUGGUUUUCAUUGGUCAGGGUGUCUGUCUUCAGGUCUGUGACAUCACACGGAGGAGAGGCUUCACUGGGAUAAAAUAACAUCUCCUUUUAUGGAACGUGCUGGCCUGUUCCAUUUUGCUAGAGAGGUUUACGAGACGUGCACUCUGAAGAAGAAAAAAACUGCUCCCAUUUGAAAGUUUCGUUGUACUCUUAAGAAUUUAAAAUGGGCAGUUUCCUCGCGUGUAAAACAUAAAUGUUGAACCCAACGCUAGAAAUGCGCAUCUAUUCUAUUUGAAGCAUUGCAGUUUAGCUCCUGUGAAACUAGGUGGUUUGCAGCUUACUGCAGAAAAGAACAUGCUCAAGUCUCAAGUUUAGAAAUCUCAAGGGCAUAUCUCAGUCUCCCCUCUGUAAGGCGUUUCAUAUAAUGCAUAUCUGGCUAAACAGCUCCUCACUCCUCAUUUACGUGCCACCUCUGUUUGGCCUAUUGUCCCUUGUCAUAACACCCCCCUGGUGUUCGUAUAAAAUGGUCUUUCCCGUGAACGUGCUGUACCCACCCCUCCCUAAGUCAGAGUUAUCCUUACGAUAAAAAAAAAAAUAAUGUUGGUUCUCGAUUAGACUGGAUCUGAAGUAGAUAAAGAAAUUGCCUGGAGAACGGCAUUCACCGGUGAAAGGAAAAAAACAAAAACAAAGCAAAACCGGGACAGGAGAUUAUGAAAAUACGACUUCAGGGUAAAUUGGAGUUGAACUGAAUAUCUCGCCAAUGUUUCACUGGUUUCAACCAUGGCCUCUCAGACAGGCAACAUGAACCGUGAGGACCGGAAUGUGCUCCGUAUGAAAGAAAGAGAAAGGCGAAAUCAAGAGGUCCACCCGGGAGGAGCGGCCUUUCCAGCCAACUCCCCCCUCUUUCCCGAACCUUAUAAAGUUUCCAGUAAGGAAGACAAGCUUUCUAGCCGUAUUCAGAGCAUGCUGGGUAACUACGACGAGAUGGAGAAAGAGCUGAUCAGCGAAACCACUCUACCCAAACUCGGCGUCGUCUCCAAGGCCCCCGGCUCCUCGUCCUCGGAGGACAAGUCGGGACAGUCCCUGUUCGGGGACCAGCAGCGAGGUAGCGGCGGCGGCGGCAGCGGCCAGAGCAGUAAAUGGACUCCCGUCGGCCCGGCCGCCGGCAGCUCCUCCCAGUCUCAGAAGCGUUCGUCGGGCCUGCAGGGUGGCCACGGCGGCAGCCAGCGGUCCAGCGCCGGCAGCGGCAGUGGCGGCCAGCGGCACGAGCGGGACUACGGCGGCAGCAGUAAGAAGUCGAGCAAGCAUGGCUCGGACCACUCCAAGUCGUCCUCGCACUCCUCCAGCCCCGCCAAGGGCUCGCUGAGCGCGGGGCACUCACGGGCACACGCGGCGGCGGCGGCCGCCGGCGAGCACCACGGCAAGGAGCGCUACCGCAAGUCGCCGCACGAGCGGGAGGCCAGCUGGGACUCGCCGUCGCGCGUGCACACCUCGUCCUUCCCCGGCGGCGGCGGCGGCGGGGGGGGCGGGGGGCAGCACUCCGGCCAGGCCUUCCCGCCCUCGCUCAUGUCCAAGCCCAGCUCCAUGCUGCAGAAGCCCACCGCCUACGUGCGCCCCAUGGACGGCCAGGAGACCGUCGAGCCCCGCACCUCGUCCGACGGCUACGGCGGCCAGUCCCACGGCGGCCCGGGCGGCGCCGGCGGCGUCGGGGAGAUGAAGUCCAGCAGCAAGGCCUCCCUCGCCAAGCUCAAAAUCCCCUCACAGCCCCUAGAGGCGUCCAUGUCCGGCGAAGCCAACUGCGUGGAUGAAAUCUUAAAGGAAAUGACCCAGUCAUGGCCGCCUCCGCUGACUGCCAUUCACACUCCCUGCAAGACGGAACCGUCGAAGUUUCCCUUCCCCUCCAAGGACACCCAGCACCCGAGCUACCCGACGGGGGGACACAAGAGGUACGUUUCAUCGAAGACGUCCUCAAACAGCCACCAGCCCAAACCGUGCGAGGCCGAGCAAGCCAACAUGUUGGAAAAUGACCUGAAAAUCAGCAGCAGCGAGGACAGCGACGGGGAACCCGAUUCUGUGAAAAACCCCUCGAGAAACCCCUCGGCCAGCAACAACAGCAACAACAGCGAGGGGGCGGAGCACUCGCGGGAGGACUCGAGCAGCCACAGCGGCUCGGAGAGCAGCUCGGGCUCGGACAGCGAGAGCGAGAGCAGCUCCAGCGACAGUGAGGCCAACGAGCCGCCGCGCGCCGUGUCCCCUGAGGUGGGGUUUAAACCCGAGCCGCCGACGGCCAACAAGUGGCAGCUGGACAACUGGCUCCACAUCGUCAACAAGUUCUCCCCGGCCUCCCCGGUGGACAGCAGCAGCGCUCCCGCCAAGUACAAGAAGGACGGCUCGGGGAAGGGCUACGGCGGCCAGGGGGGGUCCAAAGAGUCGGGCUCGUCCGGGCCGGGGAGGGACCUGCGGGCCACCCAGAAGGGCUCGGAGAGCGGGCGGGGCCGACAGAAGUCCCCCGCCCAGAGCGAGGGGGGGGCCGCCCCGCGCAGGACGGUGGGCAAGAAGCAGCCCAAAAAGCCCGAGAAGCCCCCCGUGGUGGAGGAGCCCAAGGGGGGGCUGAAGGUGGAGAGCGAGCCCCCCCCGGAAAUCCCCCCGCACCAGCCCAAGGCCGCCACCAAGGGCUCCCGGAAACCCAGCAUCAAGAAGGAGCCCAAGUCGUCGCCCCGGCCCGCCGCGGACAAGCGCAAGGCCCCCAAGACGCCCAGCAAGAACCCGCAGAAGUCGCGCGAGUUCGUGGAGACGGACUCCUCGUCCUCGGGCUCGGAGGGCGGCGACAGCAUCCCGUCGUCCUCGCAGACGCCCAGGUACGCGGAGAGCAUCCGCACGCCCGUCUGCAUCUUCUCCCCCAUGGAGGAGAAGGGGCUGAUCUCGCCGCUCAGCGAGCCCGAGGAGCGCUUCCCCGCCCGCCAGCAGGUGCUGGUGGUGAAGAUCGACCUGCGGCUGCUGUCGCGCGUGCCGGGGCGCUCCUUCCGGGACCUGGACCCGCAGCCCAAGCCCGACCGGGACGGGCCCCUGGAGCGCGACGGGAAGGACUUCGGGGAGAAGCCGUCCGGCGAGAAGCUGUCCAAGGGCAAGAGGAAGCCCAAGAACGAAGACGAUGGUGUGAAGAGCGAGAGCAAGAAGCCGCGGCUGGAGGAGAAGGGCGCGUCGCACCACAAGUCCAGCAGCAAAGAGUCGUCGAAGCGCGGCUCGGAGAAGGAGAAGGAGCUGGCCCCCUCGCCGUCCAUGGCGGGCCUGCAGAAGGCGCCGAAGGCGGAGCACGAGCGGCGGAAGCGCACCGCCAGCCAAUCGUCGACCUCCAUCUCCUCGGGCAGCGCCGGCAGCAGCAAGGACGGCGCCAAGAGCGGCGGCGGCUCCUCCUCCAAGCACCGCAAGCAGGAGGACAAGCAGGGCCGCGGCACCAAAGACGGCAAGGAGAAGAGCUCGAAGAGCGCGGAUAACCACCCCCCAGCUCCGCUGCUGUCCUCGGAGUGCCUGAAGCUGCAGCGAUCGAAGCUGGCGUUUGAAGACAGUGCUUCAGCCAGGCUGUGGAGACGCCCCCGCAGGGUCCACUCGGCUGACUACUACCUACAGGAGGCCAAGAAGCUAAAGCACAACGCAGAUGCGCUGAUGGACAGGUUCGAGAAGGCGGUGUACUACCUGGACGCGGUGGUGUCCUUCAUCGAGUGCGGGAACGCCCUGGAGAGGAGUGCCCAGGAGGCCAAGUCCCCGUUCCCCAUGUACGCCGAGACCGUGGAGCUCAUCAAGUACACUAUGAAGCUAAAGAGCUACAUGGCUCCUGACGCUACGUCGGCCGAUAAAAGGCUGGCAGUGCUGUGUUUGCGGUGUCAGUCUCUGCUCUACCUGCGGCUCUUCAAACUGCGGAAGGAGAGCGCGCUCAAAUAUUCCAAAACCCUCACAGAACACUUGAAGAAUUCCUUAAGUAAUACACAAGCCCCUUCUCCAGGAAUGGGGAGUAAAACGGCGGGCAUGCCCUCCCCCGUCUCUCCCAAGCUGUCGCCCGGCAACGCAGGGAGCUACUCCUCCGGCACCUCCAACCCCAGCAGCGCCUCCUCCGUCACCAUCCCCCAGCGCAUACACCAGAUGGCGGCCAGCUACGUCCAGGUCACCUCCAACUUCCUGUACGCCACGGAGGUGUGGGACCAAGCCGAGCAGCUGGCCAGAGAGCAGAAAGACUUCUUCACGGAACUGGACAAGGUGAUGACUCCUCUCAUCUUCAACACCAGCAGCAUGACGGAACUGGUGCGCUACACGCGACAGGGGCUCCACUGGCUGCGGCUGGACGCUAAGCUCACUCCCUGAGAGCCCGCUGGCCUCCGCUCUCCAGAGUCCAGAGUCCGCCGUCCGCGUCCCCCCCCCCCCACCCCCCGCCCCGCGGAAGCUCGUCCGCCGCCGGCGUAUCCAUAACACUGUGUCCGUUUCACCGUCAGCUUGCCAAAAAACACUGAACAAAUGAAGAGGAACCUAACUACUAAAAACAACAGCCCUAUGAUGUUCGCAAGGUUUUGGGAGGGUGGGGUGGGGGGUGGGGUGCGAUCGGAUCGGGGUCACGGGGGGCAAGUCAGUAAUUACAGCAUUCUGCACUCCCCUCGGUCGGGUACUUUUGGGUCACGUUAAAAAAAAAGCCAUCUUUCUACUGGGUGUGAUACCAAUGCUUUAUUGUUUUUUUUAGUUUUUUUUCCCUUGUAGAAACACACUACGAAAGCGUCUUUGUUUUUGUAGGGUGUGAUGAAAUCCGUAUUUCUCUCUUAUUUUAUUAUUUUUUUUUUUGGCUUAUUUUAACCAAAGUACCUCUUUUUAACCAAAGGUGCUUUAAAGCUGAGAUCUGUCCUUUCUGUUUUUUAUAUAUCUAUUUUUUGUGCCUUGUAUUUGACAUACAGGAAAUGAACUAUCUGUUGAAGUACGAGGGCACCGCGUGCUCCUGCAAAAAAAAAAGAAACGCGUUCGCCGUGGGCCCAGCAGGGGGAGCCAGAGCUCAACGAUGUGACCGUUUGGGUUUGGGAAGGGAUCGGGUAGCACCACCUCGAAAGUACAGCGGACAGUUUGCUGGAAUUUUGGGGUUUUAGCUGCAACGGAUGGCUCUGGAAGCAGGUCUGCCUGAUUUAUGGAAUCCCCCCCCUCCCCACCCCCCUCCCCACCCCCCGGGACAGAUCUCAUCACAGAAACUGCCCAAACUUUUGUACCUCACUGGGACACUAAAAAAAAAAAAAAAACCUGGAGCCACGAACACCAAACUACUGUAUUUCUGCCUGUGAGCGAGUCUCCAUAUCGCCCCCUAGCAUCCGGAGGCCUCUACUGCGCUUUUCGUAUCCUCUCAAAUUGUACCGCGGCUCUCGGUCGACGUUUCUCCGCUCGUCCUGGAGUUGACCUCGCAAACGUGUCUUCAUCAGUAGUUUUCCGGCAUUAUGUUUUCUCUCUUUCUCUCUCUCUCUCUCUCUCUCCCCCCUUCUUUUCUCUUUCCCCCUCUUUCUUUCUCUCUGCUGUGGAAGUGUACACUAGAUGGAUAUUCCAUUGUGUAUUUCUCAUUUGGCAUUACAGGGUGUGGAAGGCUAACGUAAACCUUGUCCUCAAAAAAAAUAGUAUUUAAUAGUGUAGUCAGGCAGAGUUGCCCUCAGAAAAAAAUCCUUUCAUCAAGGGUAUAUAUGCACUCGCAUUUUAAGUCUAAGAUUUUAAUAUUUAAUGUAACAUACACGUGAUAAAUCACAUAUAUUUUAUAUCAUAUUUGGAAGCAACAGUAAUUUUAAUCCAUUUACAGAAUGCAUAACCCAAAAUAGAUUUUAUUUAUAUACUAGAGGACGGGGUUGUCAAAAUCAGUUUUGGAACUUCACGCGUUGAAGGCUUAAUAACAGGGUUGAAAUAAAUACUAUGAAAUGCAAAGUAUUUCUAUUGUAUAUGAAAAUGUCAUAUUUAAAUUUUAGAGAUGGGAUUAAGGGGUUUCCAAAGUAGCUUAGUAAAAAGUGAUUUUGUGUAUUCAAAAUUAUUUUGUUUGGGAUAAUGUGCUGUCAGAACAUCCAGUGACAUUCAGUUACAGGCAUUUAUGGAUUAUAUUUAUACUGCAGAUUUUAGAUUUAGCAGUUUGUGUUACUGGAGUAGUAAACUGCUUUGAAAUUAACCCUCUGUCGUAUCCUUUUUAUAGCUUCUCUCAGAUAGUUUAAUGUUUCAUUCAUGCACAAACGUGGACAGUAGAGAUGGGUAUUUCGUGAGAAUGGAGAACUGCUGUGUGCGUUAUGUUGGAAACGAACAGCGUUCAUGUUCUAGAGCUUAUUUCAUUGGCUCCCUGGUUGUCUUUUGGGGAUACUGUUAUUUCUUCUGACACUCAAGUGUUGAAGGACAAAAAAAAAAAACAAUCUAUGCAGCUUUAUUUAAACCAAACCUAUAAAAAAUGCUUCUAGUUCUGAAAUCAUUUGUAAACCUGGCUUCUUUUUUUAUAUUUGAAUACUGGGAGGUCAAAAAUGGCGUUUCCAUGGGAGAUUUUUUUGGCUUGAGCUGUUAAUGGAGGCUUGUUAACAUUUUUCGUGAAACACUUAAUGCAAUGUUAUGCUUCGUGUGCGCAAGCAGCCCCUGCAUUUGGGGGUGCAGUUCCCCAAUGGCUAUCAGAAGAGGCAGGUGAGCCAGUAUAUGCUGUUUGGGAGUGCCUUUUGAAAAAAAGGAAUCUUGGUUUAGAUAUGCCUACGUUUCUAGAGAUGCCCGCAUUUCUCACGAAAGAAAACAGAGAAUCUGGUUCCAUUCGAAAUGAAAAGGAACAACAAUGAGAUUUAAAGUUUUUAAAGUGAAUUUUAAAAUUUAAAGUGCUCGUGAACCUGUUUGGAUUGCCAGGUUUAAUUAAAUUGCAUCAAGCCUUUAUAAGGAAAUUCUUCAUGGAAUCCCCACUUUUGACGUGUUGUAAGUUGCUUUUAUGUUGUUCAUCCUCUUCAAAUUUUAAUUUAUUUAUACACUGGUGUAAUUUAAGUGCAAAUGUGAAUGUCUUGAUUGAGUAUCAAGAUGGACACAAGGACAUGGGAAAAUAUACAUUACUGUUGGGAUUUAUACAUUUUUUAUUUAUUUUACAGUCUCCUCCUUGAAAUAGAGCUUUUUGAUAUAUAUUGCCAUUUUGUUGGCUUUCAUUUCAGGGCUAUGAGCUUGUUUAUUGUCAGAUAUAAACUUUAUCAUAGUGCACAAAUCCAGGGUAAGAAUAACAUUUUAACAUCCCACGGAAAGACAUAACACUUGCAUGUUUUUUAUUUAAGUGCAACCAUGUAAAAAAUGUAAAUAAAUAUAUUUCUUUUAGGACCAAUUUUUAAAUGCAGUUCAACAUUUAUAUUAUGAAUAUCUUGUAAAUAACAGUUGAAUAUAUUAUAUACACACAAUUUCCUUUUUUUAAAGUUUUAUUUUAAGUCCCUCCCACCGAAGAUGUUGGAUUUAAACCUAUGUAUAAGAAAUGUUUGGGUAGGAUCACUUUGUUUUUACUGUAUUUUUAUUUGCCUUUCUUGCUUCAGUGUUGUCAUCAUAAUCAUCACUGACGUGCUUUGAUGAAGUAUAGAUGUUCUAUUUUAUAUAUGGUAUGGAGAGGAUUCUCUGGAAAUGGGUAUUGUUGAUCAAAUCAAGUGAAGCUGGAAAAUAAUUGUGUAUAUGGUUAUCCAUAAAUCCGAUUCAUACAACUUUAGUCCAUAACUCCAUGUUGAAAAAUUUCCAUGCUGUUUAAUGGGAACCCAAGGAUGCUUUAUGAAGAAAAUGAAAUUUGACGUCUAUCAUUUAAUACGUAGCUGAUCAGGGAUUGAACUAUAGUGUUUUCAUUGAGGGGGGGGGGGGGGGGGGGGUCAAGUAUUUUAAAAAUUGACCUUCGGGGGUCGUGGGUUUCGCAUACCAAACGCAACCAAGUCUGGGGGUCGAACAAGCCUGAUUUAGAAAAGCAUGUCCAACUGAACACUUACCCUGGGGUUUUUCUUGCAGUUCCAGCCUAGAUGCCUUUUCAAUCAAACAUUAAAAAACACUUUGAACGGGGCAAUGUUAUAUGUAUCCAACAGUUGUAGACGUUUGUAGGCUGUUCUCUUCUUACGAUAGUCUUAAGCGACCUCGGGGCUUCCAGUUGAAGAGUCGGAACUGGAUUAUUUUUUAACAUAAAAGUAUAAUUGUGGAGGAUUAACAAUGGUACUCGUUCAUCUUUCAAGUCAUUUUAUUUUCUUGGAAUAACAUGUAAAUGAAAUCCAUUCUUGUGAAGUGAGUAUUAACUUGUAAUUAAGGGGGUUUCUCAGUCUGUCCUGUAUAUUCUUUGUAUUUUGUUGUAUUGAGAAUAAAACAAACCGUUACGUUUC